AUGAGGGCGGCGAGGGUUUUGCCGUGGUUUCUCUGUCUGUGCGUUGUAUCGAGAUAUCCUGUGAGUUGUAGUUCUCUUCUGUUCCUUCCUCCUCGUCCAUCCUGCUCGUGGAUUAUAACUUUCGUUUCUGCGUUCUUUGAGAUCGGGAAGAUUGAGCUCGCUUCUCACAGUCAGUCGUAUUUGAUUUUCAGAUCCACUGCGGCGCUCAAACGUGCCCAGCAGACUUGCAGACAGAAUGCGGUGAUCCUUCAAGUAUGAGUGAGAAUUUCAACGUGGAUCAUGCUUCACUCGAUCCCCUUUGAGAGUCCCAUGAUCACCUGAUCCCGAAUCGCAAAUCUCUGACGGAUUCCCUGCGUCAGGGCCCAAAGAGCAAAAACCCGAUGUCAUACAGAUGGUACAACGCGGAAGAAGAGAUCCUCGGGAAGAAGAUGAAGGUCUGCCGACGGAUCAUAAUAUAUUGUCAUGUCUGAUCAUAAUAUAUGUAUAAAUAUAUGUAGAUUCUUAGUGUUCUUUGGUUUAGGAUUGGAUGAGGUUCAGUGUCGCAUUUUGGCACACCUUCCGUGGGACAGGAGCUGAUCCCUUUGGUGCCCCGACCAAGUUGUGGCCAUGGGAGGACGGAACCAAUUCAUUAGCCAUGGCCAAACGGAGAAGUAAGGAGGGAGAAACCUAUCUUCUAUCGCUUACUAAACUGAGUCCAGGAUAAUGAUUUUUAUUCCUGUUGUAUCUCGAAUCAGUGAGGGCCAACUUUGAGUUCAUCAACAAGUUGGGGGUUGACCGGUGGUGCUUCCAUGACAGGGACAUUGCCCCAGAUGCCAAAACCCUAGCUGUAAGUUCCUCGACUCUCCCUACACGUUUCCCAAGUGAUCUGCUUGUGCUUGUUGUGAUACUAUACUGUCCUUUGAAUCAUUAGAACCGAGGGAGGGCUAAUUCUCUUUGCUAUCUUAUGUUCUUAUGUGCCAUUAACUUAUUAGAAACCUUGAGCGAUGCCAAAUAACGUAAUUCAGUGAGGUCUAUUAUUUUCGGCGCUGAUUGAAUCAUCAAUGUGAUGGGUAUAUCAGGAAACGAAUGCGAACUUGGAUGAACUCGCUGCUCUUGCAAAAGAGCUCCAGGUUAGAUUAAUCAAUCAGAAAUUAUCCCUGUCUUGGUAAAAAAAAAAAAAAAAAAAACAGCAAGAACUUCACACAUGUGUGUUUUUUAUGGUUCUUCAGGGAUCGAAGAUCCGACCUCUGUGGGGGACAGCCCAGCUCUUUAUGCACCCCCGCUAUAUGCACGGAGCUGCAACGAGGUGUUUUAUCUUUUCUUUCCAAUUCCUUGAGAUAAUUUAAAUUUUUUCCGUGGUUUGACCUUUUUCUAAAUUUCUUUUCUUGAUCCUCUUUCCUUGACUUUGCAGUCCUGAGGUGGGGGUCUAUGCGUAUGCUGCAGCUCAGGUCAAGAAAGCUAUGGAGGUUGGUGUUCAACGAAUGAUAUGUCUUCUCUUGGUUCUGUAUGUCAUCAUACAUUCUGUGUGGUGACGACGCCCAGGUGACCCACUUUCUUGGAGGGGAAAAUUUUGUCUUCUGGGGUGGUCGAGAAGGGUAUCAGACUCUAUUGAACACCGACAUGAAGAGAGAGUUGGAUCACAUGGUUAGAUCAGACCUCGGCAUCUGAUAGUUCUUCUAUUUUUCUUAAAAAUAACAAUUAACAAUAUCAAUCUGACUUGUACAACCCUGCAGGCUGCAUUCCUUAGAGGGGCUGCAGACUGGAAGAAGAAGAUUGGAUUCAAUGGUAUGAAUUUACUCCAAUCCAUGAGGGUACUAUGAAGACUAGGCCAUCAAUGAAUCAGCAAUCAUGCGUACAACCGAUCUCGAUCUCUUCAUGUCAUGGAGAAUGAUCGAAUUAACUUUAUUUAUUUUUCAGGGACGCUUCUUAUAGAACCCAAGCCACAAGAACCAACAAAGCAUCAGUAGGUUUCGCCUGUUACAUUGGGUAGGAAGAUAUCCGAUCUCAUUUCUUCUUGUUCUCUCAUCUCUUCCGAUCGCCAUGGCAGGUAUGACUGGGAUGCUGCAACAACAAUGUCUUUUCUCCAGAAAUAUGGCCUCAUAGGUGAAGUUAUUUUUCGGUUCUAUAUCUAUGUUUUGCAUGUAUACCAUGUUUCAUGUUUAUGAAAAUUUUGUGGGUCAGUUUUUUUUCCCUUGAUCUCAGCGAAAGGGGUUUUUUUUUUCUUCUUACAGAUUGUGCAACCACAUGGGGUUUGACUUAAUUCGCUGAGUUAUUGUGCACUAAAUAAUUUCAUAAUGAAUUUUUCAUUAGCAUCAAUAGGAUACUUUCUAUAAGCUGAUCCACAACAUCACGUCUUCAGAGAAGUUUCAAAUCAGAUGUCAUGGAACGUCAUCAAUGCAUCAGCUGGAUCAAUUUGACACCUUUUCUUCAGAGAAUGUCAUAAGAGCUUCCAUAAUGGAAUAGAGCAGAUUUCAUAAAAAGUCAACUAGCUCGGUGCUCCUUCCGAGGACAUGAUCCUUCUCUCAAAACUGACUCAAGUUUUCAAGGGCAUCCCCAUGAACUCUCCCAUGGUCCAUUCUUCUCACUGCAUGGACGCGUAUCCAACAUAUGCUCCACGUUGGAUUUCUCCCAAGGAAAAAUUAUCUAAAUCAGGACUGAUGGAGGCUAGCUUCAUCCGUGAUCUUAUGCUAUGAAUCCUUGAAUGUGAUCCCUCACUAAGAUGCAGCACUCCCAUUCUGAUGGAUAUCGUGAUUGCCCAGUCUGGCAGAUAAUAGUGUAUAUGCACAUACAUACAUGCAUACAUGCAUACAUGCAUACAUGCAUAUCUAUAUAUAUAUAUAUAUAUAUAUAUAUGUAUAUAGUGGUUUGGGUAUGGUUUUUUUUCCAUUUCUCUGCCUCCGGAUCAAUCUUUCAUUAUAUUGAUCGUGAGGCGUCCAAUUUCCCCUCUAUUCAGACGAAUUCAAGCUCAACAUCGAGUGCAACCAUGCUACCCUGUCUGGUCACAGGUGUGUAUUAUUUAUUUAUUUAUUUAUUGUCCUGAUUUAGGAUAGUUGGGGGUCUACUAAACGAGCAUGAACCUAGAAUGUCGGUACAUACCUGAUUUAUUUUUCUAUCAUCGAAGCUGCCACCAUGAGCUCGAGACCGCCCGAAUCAAUGGCUUAUUAGGUAAUAUCGAUGCAAAUACCGGGGACCCUCAGAUAGGUAUGCUGGGUUAUUUUUCUUCAUGUCAUUCUGAGGGAUCUGGGUCCUUGUCCACGUCAUUCUGAAGCUGAGCGUUGACCCAGGCUGGGACACCGACCAGUUCCUCACCGACAUUGGAGAAGCAACCCUGGUUAUGCUGAGCGUGGUCAGAAAUGUAAGAAGAAGAUGACCUUGGAGCUAAUUACUCUGCGUAUUAUUCUAUAGAGCCCUGUAUUAUACAUGGGCUGAGGCUUCUCUGGGGCUUCUCAUUUGUGCAGGGAGGGCUCGCACCUGGCGGCUUCAACUUUGACGCCAAGCUGUCAGUAUUCUCAUAUAUAUAUAUUUUCAAGAUCUCUUUAGAUUUUUCUUGGAAAAGUCAACGGGGCAGUGACUCCGGUUGGGCCCGGAGUCACUGCCUGGGUUGGUUCCUGGUUUUGAAGUGGUCGGGGGCGCCGGCCACGUUGCCAGGGAUGGGUCCCACCUGAAGCCCGUUUUAUGGGCUUUUGUGAGGCCCCAAUGCGACCCAUUAACACUCCGUGGGCAAUGCUGCAGGAGGAGAGAGAGCACCGACGUGGAGGACCUGUUCCUGGCCCACAUCUCCGGGAUGGACACCCUGGCCCGUGGACUUCGGAAUGUCGCCAAGCUGAUCGAGGUAUUUCUUAUCUGGGAAAAAAAAAAAAAAGAUUGCUCCAUUUUUUCCAGGUUCUUCCUCCCCUGAUUUUAUGGAAAAUCCUCAGGAUGGCUCUCUGGGUGAGCUCGUCAAGAGACGCUACCAUAGUUUUGACACAGAGUUCGGAGCCCAGAUCGAGGUACCACUCCCCCCACGCUAGGGCUCCUCUUCCCUCGUUGACUUCUAGGAUUUGACCUCCUGUUGAUGGGAUUACCAGGGCGGGAAGGUUGACUUUGAGACUCUCGAGAAGAAGGCCAUGGAGUGGGGCGAGCCGGUUGUCCCCUCGGGCAAGCAGGUACGGAGAAGAUGAGCUGAUUCCUCCUGGUUCUCCUCCUCUCCCUUGCAUCCGUUCUCAAAGGAUGUGUAAUUCUACUCGUUUUAUGCCUCGCAGGAACUGGCGGAGAUCAUAUUUCAAUCUGCUCUGUAG